AUGCCCGCACAAGCCUGGUACAAGGCCCUCCGGGAUGUUGGGUACUCAUUUGGCCCUUCGUUCCAGUCACAAUUGGAGGUCGAGGCCGUGGCCGGUCAGCGAACCAACCGAGGCUUGGUUACCUUUUCAGAGCCCCCGUCUUCUUACCCUCAGUCGCCUUACUCAAUCCACCCCCCUGCCUCGCUGUGGCAGGGCAUCCGCAGCGCCGUGGGCGGUGCUCUGGUGCCUGCCGUGGUAGAUGAUCUUCUCAUCAACGCCCGGGACGUUGCGGCAGUGCCAGUUGCGGUUGCAGCAGCCUCAGCUGAGUUCUCUGGAGUGGGCAGCCCCAAGGAAGCCCACAACUACCAUUUACAUAUACAGGUCUUUGACCCGGCUAGUAAAAGGCUACUGUUUAAGGUCACGGGCUUGUGGUACCACAAACUCGACGCUAGCCCCGAGUUCCCUGAAAGGCAGCAUACCUUCAUGCAUUUGCACUGGAAGCCGCAGAUGUCCACCUUGAGCGACGGGCAGAUGCGUACCCUGAUUCAGGCUCGUCUGGUGGAGUUCAGCACGCUGCCAUUUGAGAAGAGUGUCGGCCGGGAUAUGUUCUACGGCGAUCUGUCCCUUGGGGGGGGAAAUUGCAAAUACCAAUUCAUGCCGAAAAACCUGGCUUCGCUGCGUGCCUCGCAGGCCUUGCUGUCAGAAACAUACCCUCAGGCUCAUAUGAACAUGCUCGAUGUGACCAAGCUUGAUGUGGAUCUGUCCAUGCUACCUGACAUGCUUGAUUUGGCGAUCCUUCAGCUGGGAUCCGUCUCUAGCGCUGACUUGGCGAAUGCGCUGGCUAAUGUCAGGCGGGCCAUGACACCGACAGCUUAUCUGUUGGUUCUAGGAACGUCCCUGGUCGAUCUCACGGAGGAUACAGGCAGCGCGUCAGUCAUCAGCGGUGAGGACAGCGAUUCUGGCAGCUCGAACUGGUCGAUGGUCGGAGGUUCAUUGUCCCAAGUUCUUGACUUUCUGCGUGGCCAAGGCUUCGAGCGAGUGGUUCCCCUUGCACCGGAAAGCUUGUCAGAGGACACGGUAUUUCUCGCUCAGCUUUCAUCGGACAAGACCAUUGUCUCCCCUCCGCUUGCGACGACUUCAGAGGUAAUAGUACUUCACCUCACCCCGAAAAAUGAGCCACUAGUAAAACAGCUGGUCAUCGCCGGGAAAGCGCCGAGCGAGCAACACCUCCCCCUUCCCGCUGCGGCUAUCGCGCCCAGCUCAGUCGUUGUGAUCGUGGACGAGGCAAUACAGCACCUCACUGCGUCGGGCUGUAAGAUUUUGUGGGUGACAAGCGGCGCCCAACUAGAUGUGACACAUCCAGAUUGCUCCCUGGCCUAUGGCAUGUCAAGGGUCAUCCGUGCCGAAGACCCCUGCGUGAACUUCACUCUGCUGGAUGUCAAAUCCGCCGUCAGCACUGGCUCCCUGGAAGCAAUCUGCCGGACCAUUUUCUCCCUUCAGCAGGGCCAUCAGAAGCAGGACCACGAAUUCGUCGAGCGCGAUGGGGUGGUGCACGUCAGCAGGGUCUACCCAGACACACAGAUGAACGCAGACGCCGAAAAAGAAGACGCCAUCACCACCGCCGCCGCUCAUCCGCCAGCUCAGCAGACCCAGAACCUUCACGAACAUCCCUCGUGUGUGCGACUGGUCUGCCGACAACCGGGCAAGCUCCAAUCGCUCUGCUUCGCCGAAGUCUCCAGCUCCCCCGUCCCUCUCCAGGAUGACUUUAUUGAAGUCGAGAUGCAUGCGGCGGGGCUUAACUUCAAGGAUCUUGGCAAGAAGGAUAUCCUUGGCCGGCGGUCGUUAUCCAUGGAGCCCUUCAAUCGCAAUGCCUCUUAUCGCGCGUUGGAUAUACUCAUGUCCAAGAUGUUUGAGCUGCUUGCUUCUGGCAGUAUCAGGCCCAUCGAGCCCCGCACUGUCUUCCCCUACCGGGACAUCGCCGGGGCCAUCCGGUACAUGCGGGGAGGCGAACAUAUAGGAAAGAUCAUUACCUCGCGGGAGGCGCCGGACAACGAUCCCAACGUGCCGGAACAGAUUGUGCCUGCACCCACGCAGCUUCGGUUACGCGACGAUGCCAUCUACCUCAUCGUGGGAGGGCUCCGCGGCCUAUGCGGCAGUCUGGCCGUCUACCUCGCCUGCCACGGAGCCAAGCACCUUGCUGUGAUCGUAAUACGCGACCUCAUCUCCCUGGGAACUCGCGUCGAGCUGGUGCAGGGCGACGUCUCGUGCCUCAAGGAUGUGCGGCGUGCGUUCCGACAAGCCGUGAAACCAGUGAGAGGGAUCAUUCAGGGUGCAAUGGUUUUGAAGGACAAGAUCUACACCUCCAUGACAGUCGACGGCUUCCGCGACGUCCUCCCCUGCAAGGUUUCCGGCACGUGGAAUCUUCACGCGGUCGCCCAGGAGCAGCGCGGCGUUGACCUGGACUUCUUCACUCUCCUUUCCAGCAUUUCCGGACUGGUGGGCCAGAAGGGCCAGGCCAACUACGCGGCGGCCGGGGCGUUCCAGGACGCUUUCGCCACGUACCGGCGUGAUCGUGGGCUGGCAGCUUGCGCUGUGGAUCUAGGCGUUAUUGAGGACGUCGGCUACAUCAGCGAGCGCCAGGAGAUUGCCACCCGGGGAAACCCGGCAGCCACGGCUCAGAUCAUCACAGGCAUCCCUUUUCCCCAGCCGGAGGGCGCAAUGCUGUUGCGCGAUGCGCGUGCGGCGACGGCGGCGGGGAAGCACGGCGGUUUGUCGCAGGAGAUGCAGACGCUGCUCAUGCUGCUGCAGACGUCGACAGCGGAUCGAUCAGAGCAACUGGCGGCCACAAUCGAGGUGGUCAAUCGGCACUUCAUGCACAGUUUAGGGCUGGCGGAGCCGAUGGAGGCGGCGAAGCCGCUGUCAGUGUACGGACUAGACUCGCUGGCGGCGGUGGACUUUCGGAACUGGCUGCGGCAGGAGUUGGAGGUGGUCGGGGCCAAGACACUAAGUGCCCUGUGUGAGAGAAUUUUGAGUCGGUUGCUAGAGAAUGCGGAUGCCACUGUUGGGGAAAGAGGCUGA